AUGAGAAGGAAGACUCAUGAGUUCGAGACUGAUGUCUCCGCCUCUCAGCUCUGGGAAAUCUACGGCACACUCCGUGCCGCUGAGCUGCUACCUCAACUUCUUCCGCAAGUCCUCGCGAAGGCUGAGGUCGUGAGCGGCGAUGGCGGUGUUGGCACCAUCUUGCAGCUGACAUUUCCUCCAGGAAUUCCUGGUGUGCACAAAAACAAGGAAAAAUUUACCAAGGUCGACAACGUAAAUUAUAUCAAGGAGUCGGAAAUAAUUGACGGAGACAUUUUGCAGAUCGGGUUCCUCCAUUACAUGUACCGCUUUGAGAUCACUGCGGAAGGACCCAGCUCUUCGGUAAUAAGAUCAACUAUCGAGUAUGAGAUUGAUGAUGGGCAUGCCGAGCUUGAAGCAAUGGUCAGUACUACGCGUUUGGCUGCAGCCGCGGAAAGAUUCUCACGGUAUAUAAAGGAGCAGAAGGUCAAUUAG